CCUCAUUUCAUCAUCAUACUUUUCAUUUCACCAAACAAAGUUGACAACUACUCUCUUAUUACCUAAUCUUACAAAAAAAACACCCAAAAAACCUUAAAGUAAUCACAAAUAUUAGCAUCAAUAUUGAGCCUUAAUUAGUGAAGAAUGUGUGGAGGUGCAAUAUUAGCAGAUAUAAUACCUGGCAAUAAAGGCAGAACUAUCUCUGGUUUUGAUUUUUGGCCUGAUGCUUUCUUCUCUACUUCUGAUAAUUCUACCAAACAACCAAACCGUCCUCCCAAAUCCCCACUUUCCAUUUCAGGUAAUGGGCAAGAAGAGAAACGCCCGAAAAAACAGAGGAAGACCCAAUACAGGGGAAUCAGACAACGACCAUGGGGUAAAUGGGCAGCUGAGAUCCGUGACCCGAGAAAAGGCGUUCGGGUCUGGUUAGGCACUUUCAACACUCCUGAACAAGCUGCUCGAGCUUACGACAAAGAAGCUCGUAAAAUCCGUGGUAAAAAAGCCAAAGUUAAUUUCCCAAACGAAGAACAACAACAACAAUCCACUAAUUAUCAACCAAAUUACUCAGCUUCUUCAUAUCAUCAUCUUCAACAAACCCAGAAUUUCAAUUACCCAACAAAUUUCAACCAAAUUAAUCCGUAUGGGUCAUCAUUAAAUGAUGAAAAAUUAAGUGGGUAUAACUCAGAAUCUGUUUAUAGUACCCCAAAUUUGAUGGGUAUUAGUAUUACCCAACAGAUUAAAGGAGAAAAUUGUGAAGAAGAAGAGAAAAAAAGGAUUGUUGUUGAAGAAGAAGAGGAAAAUGAAGUGCAGAAAUUGUCUGAAGAACUUAUGGCUUAUGAAAAUUACAUGAAGUUUUAUGAAAUUCCAUAUAUGGAAGGUCAAUCUUGUAUUAUAGCUCCUCCAAUGGCGUCUUCUCAAGAAGGUAAUCCAAUUAUGGAGCUUUGGAACUUUGAUGAUCUUCCUUCAAGUGCUGCUUGAAUGAAUAUUGGGAUUGAGGGUUAUUUUGCCUUUGUAUAAAUUUUGAUUAUUGUUUUUUUAUUUUUUAUUGAAAUUUUUAUUAAUGCAUUUUAUUUUUAGUGAGAAAAAUUUAAACUUAAUUUUUCUCAUGUGUUUUAGCUUUUAAUGCAUGUAUUAAAGUCAGAUUAACUACUUUAAUUGAUGAAUGUACUUUGUUCUUGAUUUUUUCUUAUUUAUUUUGUACAGUUUUCAAAGUAAAAUUUAAGUUUUAAUAUUUUUAAAUAUAUAUUAA